UUUUAUUGUAUCUCAAAUAUUAUUUUAGAGAAUGAAUUUGUAUUCUGGUUAUCCAACAUUGUUGCCAACAUAACAACAUAAAAGAACAAUCGAAAAGCAAUUUUUGUUUCUGUUUUGCGCCAUUCCUCACUUGUUUCUUCUAGAAAAAUCUUAACAAAGUUGGCGUGAUUUGAUUAGGUGGAAAAACGCACGCUACAGUGUUCCAUUCAAGUACUGCACAAUUUGAUUCAUAACUCAAUUUGUAACAUUAAAAAAAGGACUAGAUUUAUAGAAAUAUAAAAUAUAUCAACAGAUAGCGAUGGAAAAGGUAAACGAACUAAAGGAAAAAGGAAAUCAAGCACUGAAUGCCGAAAAAUACGAUGAAGCUAUUAGUGCAUAUACAGAAGCCAUUAAUUUAGAUGAAAAAAACCAUGUUCUAUACAGUAACCGCUCUGCUGCGUAUGCGAAAGCCGAAAAAUUUGCUCAAGCGCUGGAAGACGCUGAAAAGACAAUCGCAUUGAAUCCAUCGUGGCCAAAAGGUUACUCUCGUAAGGGUGUUGCUUUGGCAGGAUUGAAAGAUUACGUUAAAGCCUUUGAAGCCUACAAUGAAGGUUUAAAGCAUGAUCCUACCAAUGCAAUUCUUCAGCAAGGACGUAAAGAAAUAACGUCCGCUGUGAUGCAAUUUGUGCAAAAACAUGGUACUAUGCCUAUGGACACUGACCCUUCACCACAAACUAAUGAAAUGCCAAAAUAUAAUGAAUCAGCUAAUGUACCGAAGGAACCUAAUCCAGAUGAUAUGAGUGAAGAGGAACGGAAAGCCUUCUUUGCUAAGAGAGAAAAAGAAUUGGGGAAUACUGCUUACAAAAAGAAAGAUUUCGAUACUGCACUUAAACAUUACCAUGCUGCCUUGGAAUUCGUUCCUACUGAUAUAACCUUUUACAAUAAUAUAGCCGCGGUUCAUUUUGAACGUAAAAACUAUGAAGAUUGUAUCAAACAAUGUGAAAAGGGUAUUGAAAUCGGCCGUGAAAAUCGUGCAGAUUUUAAACUUAUUGCUAAAGCGUUUACACGUAUUGGUAACUCUUAUAAAAAAAUGGAAAAUUAUUGUCAGGCAAAGAUUUAUUAUGAAAAGGCUAUGUCCGAACAUCGCACACCAGAGGUAAAGACUUUAUUAAGUGAGGUUGAAAGUAAAAUUAAAGAAGAAGAACGCCGUGCUUAUAUUGAUCCAGCUAAAGCCGAAGAAGAAAAAGAAAGGGGCAAUGAAUUAUUUAAAAAAGGUGAUUAUAGUGCGGCUGUAAAGUAUUAUUCCGAAGCAAUCAAAAGAAAUCCGAGUGAUCCUAAGUUGUACAGUAAUCGCGCUGCGUGUUAUACAAAAUUAACAGCUUUUGACUUAGGUCUAAAAGAUUGUGAGACUUGCAUUCAAUUAGAUGAAAAAUUUAUUAAGGGUUAUAUUCGCAAAGGAAAAAUCCUACAGGGUAUGCAAAAAACGUCGAAAGCAUCAGCUGCAUAUCAAAAAGCUUUAGAAAUCGACCCCAAUAAUGCUGAAGCUUUAGAUGGUUACCGCCAAUGCUCAAUGUCUUUCCAAAGAAAUCCUCAAGAAAUUUUAAAGAAUGCUAUGUCUGAUCCGGAAAUUCAGCAAAUUCUUAAAGAUCCUGCAAUGCGAAUCAUACUGGAACAAAUGCAAAGUGAUCCUAAGGCAGUAAAUGAGCAUUUACAAAAUCCAGCUAUAGCCGAUAAAAUAAUGAAACUGUUGGAAUCGGGAAUUAUACAAAUUCAUUAAAUAUAUUUUACUGAUUUAAAUUUAAAUCCAGUAAACUAACUAACAACUUUAAUAGCAAAUGCUGCUUUUACUGCGAUUUUUAUAAUUUUCAAUUAUUUAAUUAUCUAUUUGUAAUAUAGUUUUGUAUUACAAAAUUAUCCUAUGUUUUUAACGGUUCAAUUUAGGUGCAUAAUAAGUAGUUGUUGUAAUAAUAUA